UUUUUUGUUAUUAUUUAGAUCUGGAUGAUGUUGAGCUUUCUGCUGGUACCUGUUUUAAUAUUCACAUUUGAUUCUUCACAUAGAUUUUUAUUUUUUAGUUUUAUUGCAUUAUUGCAUUGCAUCAUAAAACAACAUGUAGAUAAAGAGAGAAGAAAAUGAUUAGAAUUAAUUAGAACAUUUGCACUAUGGGAAAUAUUUGUUGCACCGACACGUCCACAGAUGGUCUUUCUAAUGGCAGACUUCGUCAUGGAGAUGAAGAUCACCCAUUACAAUCUCAAAGCGGAGAUCUUGUGGAGUUACCCCAUAUCAGUGAAAGAGAAUUAGAACUUUCAGACAACAGAGAUACUUUAUUUUUGGAUCGAUCCCAAAUAAGGUCUAGCAAAACAAGAUACACUCAAGAGCAACGUUCGCGGCGACAUACCAUGUACUCUCCGGACCGGCCAUCAAAAACAAAUGCUUUAAAGAAAUCAAACUCAUGUUCCACAAUAUUUAUAGACGAUAAUACAGCAAGUCAACCAAACUUAAAAAUGAUGUUAAAAUGUGUUUCACUUGCUAUUUAUUACCAUGUCAAAAACAGAGAAGGCAAUGUACACUUGAUGGAUAUUUUUGACGAAAAGUUGCAUCCCCUGUCAAAGGAUCCAGUUCCAGAGAGUUACAAUAGAAUAAAUCCUGAACAUAAACAUGUGUACCGGUUUAUUAAGACAUUAUUUAGUGCUGCUCAACUGACUGCAGAAUGUGCAAUAAUUACUCUGAUAUAUUUAGAACGAUUAAUAACCUAUGCAGAGAUUGACCUUCACCCAAGUAACUGGAAAAGAAUAGUUUUAGGUGCAAUAUUACUGGCUUCAAAAGUAUGGGACGACCAGGCUGUUUGGAAUGUUGAUUAUUGUCAGAUUCUACGUGAUAUAGCCGUUGAAGAUAUGAAUGAACUCGAACGCGUGUUUUUAGAACUUCUUCAAUAUAACAUAAACGUCCCUUCAAGUGUUUAUGCUAAAUUUUACUUCGACCUUCGUGCUCUAGCUGAGAGGAAUAAUUUCCAACUACAAAUGCAGCCCCUUGACCCAAGAAGAGCAAGAAAGUUAGAGGCUAUUUCACGGUUAUGCGACGAGAAGCAGUUUCCUACCUCUAGACGUGUGUAUCGAUCAAACAGUGUGGACGACAUCAAAUCCAAACGCAGAAGUAUAGCCGUACUUUCGUGAGAUACCGCCCUUUCGUGAGAUACCGCCCUUCCGUGAGAUACCGCCCUUUUUAAAAUAGUCUAUAAAUCAUUUAUUUAUAAUUUCUCAAGAAUGAUGUGACCGCACACUGGAUGGACGGACAUGUUUACUUGACCGUGUUUUGUCUGCCCUUAUUUCGCUGGAUAUAUGCUAUCUCCGGUCCAUUUUAACGUCGGUCGUUUUUCAAGGAGAGACCUAAAAAGAUUCCGGGAGCGAAAUAAGCAGCCGACACAUAGGAAAUUAAUGUGAAGCCAUGGAAGGUUGUGAUAAUAUAUGGAAGUACUCCUGCUUUUUUCUUUUUUUUUCUUUUAUUCUUUGAUAUUUUACUUUAUUUUGGGCCAUCUUCACACUUUGUGGAUAGAGAUCGUUUCGUAUUUCUUAACUGGUAGAGUAUCUGUUCAUACUAACCCAAACAUAUCCGAUAUACGAAACGGAAUGGUUCCGCUUUGACACAAAAAGUAAAUGAUAUUUCAUGCUGCAAUUGUGUGAACAAAAAAAAGCGAAUCAAAAUGGCGACCUUAAAAGUUAAACAUGUUUUCACUUAUUACUUUAGUUCAUUACAUUGUGCUCUCGAUCUUUCUAGCUAGCCUGUACCCGAAUAUUUUCUUUACGUAAUGCUAUCUAUCCGCAGUGUUCGAACAAACAAUAAAUUCAAACAACAGGUCUGUACCAAUACUGUCUUCAGCUUUACGCAUGCGUGACGAACUAUUUGUAGUUUCACAUUAUUUCACUUUGCGCUGUAUUUUUGUGACAUUGAAAAAAAAGAAAAAAUGGCUUUCAAUUUCUGAUCGCCAACAUUUUACCACAAGUACUGAGUUGCGUUCUUCUGUUUAAUCACAUUCUUACUUUAAGGAAAAAACUUUUUACAGAAAUAAGAUAUUGCGGACUUAACACGCCAUAAUAAAUAUCUUUUAAAACACCAGAAAUGCGCGUUUGGCGAAAAAUUGGAUUACCACUAAAAUUAACUGAGUUAACUGAAGAAAAAUAUAAAAUCUGGGGGAUGAAAUUUGCGAGCUGGUUGUUCCAUGUUCUUGAAAAAUGUCAAAGUAUUCUUUCUUAUAUAUUAUUGUAGAUUCUUUUUGCCUUCUAAACCUUCUUCCAUCCACGAAAUCAAGAUACCACGAAAAUAUUCUCUGAAGGUAACUUUACAUAAAGUAGCUUUUAAAAUGUACACCUUUCUAAUAUCGCCUGUCAUAUUUCUAAUAACUCGAUCUUUGUGGUUAUUUACGCCGAGUGAAAUUUACUGUUUUAUUGCAAUGUAAUAUAUUAUUUUAUGGUUUUUUUCAAAAAGGAAGAUAUAAUAAUUAGAUUGCUUUUUUUAACUUUUUAUUAUCCACCAUCACUUCAAAUUUAGCUUUAGGCUAUUAUUACACGUGAAAAUAUUGAACUGUUAAAUAUUUUGUUAAUAAAAUUUGGUACAAUGCUUGCUAUGUGGUCAUAUUUUAUCAGCAGAAGUAUUCCCUGGUGUCUCAUGUUUCAACGGAUUUUCCUUUUUCAUUCCAUGUCUGUUUUUAUAAGUAUGGUACUGUGAAGCUUACGAGAUAGCAAUUUUUUUCUUCGCUAAUACCAUCUAUGUUGAAAAUAUGUAUGUAAUGGAAGAUUAUGCCUUCUAUAUAUGUAGUUAAAUAUUUUGGAAACUUGAUGUUCUAUAUAUCGUUGCCACCUCAACAUUACGCAAUAUGGUGGCGUUGCUGUGUUGUAAAGGAAUGUUUUCACGACUUGUAAACUAUGUAUCAUUUGAUGAAAUAUUUUUUUUAUUUUA